AUGUGGGCCCUACGUACCACACCCAAGGAGGCGAUCGACGUCACACCAUUUCAACUGGUGUACAACGGUGAAGCGGUGGUCCCCGUGGAGGUUGGAGUAGAAUCUGACCGGGUCCAUCUCUACGAUGAGGAGAACGACGAGCGGAGGCGCAUGGAACUCGAUUUGGUGGAUGAGCAUAUGAAGCAGAGCUACAACCGAAGGGUGAUCCUAAGAUCUUUCCAAGUCGGCGACCUGGUCUGGAAGAGAAUCAAGCCGGUCGACGACAUCAACAAGCUCGAGGCACCAUGGGUGGAACCUUACAAGGUCGUACAAAAACUCUGCUCGAGAGCUUACUAUCUGGAGGACGAAAAUGGAAGGACAAAUAUUAAUAAAAGCACAAGUAUCACAGAAUCUUAA